AUUUUUAAUUUACACAUUUAAAAUGGAUUAUAUGGUGCUUAAUUUAUAUGAUAAUAAAAUUAAUAUUCAAAGAGCCAUGCGUUAUAUUUUUUGCUCGGAUUCUAAAAAAAAUAUCAGAUCAUUGAAAAAAUAAUUGAAGUUUGGCAGUCGGUCGCUAUCGCGCAUAAUUAUUGUGCAAGUAUAUCUUUAAAACUAUCAUUGUUAAAAUGUCAUAAAAAUAUAAUAAAAACAAUAUAACUCAGUCAUCUUUGUUUAUACAGAUGCUUCGCAUGUUGACAACAAAUAAAAAGUAAUAACUAUAAACCAGUUUGUUGGGAUCAUAUGCGUUAAUUGUUGAAAUUCAUUAAUGAGAACACAUUCCUUCAGGAUAUCUACACUGCAGUUUUCUACCAUUCAAUUUAGCUACUUAAAUUACUGGUAUGAUCUGUAAAACAUUUUAAGAAAAUUAGUUAUGUUUGAGCUAUUUGUUUUUGGUACAAUUUCAACUUCAACAGAAUUUUAAUUCUUAUUCCAAGCGCCGAAUCCCUGUCCAAUAGGAUGUUCACAAGGAUGACGUAAACGCCCAAUCCACACCCUCUCAGGCAGCAGUUGACAAGUGGACUUCUGGCUUGCACACCUUCCCAAGAUCAUAACUUUAAACAGAGGAGCGGUGACACUCGUGAGAGCUUUUUAAGUUUCGAACAACGCGUUAAUCUGUUUGUGAGGUGGGCCAGAUGGAGAAAUCUAAAAACUUUUGCAUCGACGCGCUUCUUGCUGUUGAUCGACCAAAAGUGCAGACCUCACCGCUGGCGCUGGUCACUUCCCUGCCCACCUCUUCCGAAAGUGUCCAGGCAUCGGAGUUGAACGCAAACUCCGAAGCCCUGCGGACCGAGACUCCGUCACCCCCCAGGAUAUCAUGCGGCUUGAUCCCUAAACCGGGUUUCUUGAACACUCCACACUCAGGCAUGGUCGGACUACACCCUCAGAGCAGCACCGGGAUUCCUCCUCAGACUUUAUAUGGCCAUCCAAUGUACACUUAUUCAGCCGCAGCACUGGGUCAGCACCCUGCCCUGUCUUAUUCCUAUCCGCACGGGUCACAUCACCAUCACCCGAAUGACCCGCUUAAACUCACCGCCAGCUCCUUUCAGCUCGAUCACUGGCUAAGAGUGUCAACUGCGGGAAUGAUGCUUCCAAAAAUGGGAGAUUUUGGUGGUCAGGCACAGUCAAAUUUACUGGGAAAGUGCAGAAGACCAAGAACGGCGUUCACAAGCCAACAGCUCCUUGAACUUGAGCAUCAGUUUAAAUUGAAUAAAUAUCUAUCCAGACCCAAACGCUUUGAAGUGGCCACAUCAUUAAUGUUA